AUUUGGAGCCACACUGAAAAUAAUUUCCCCCUGCAAUCUACUCUUAACUGAUAGUCACUAACUUUGGUUAUGUGAGCUUCAGCAUCCACGAUAUUGUCUAUUACUUCAGAAUAUUACAUUAAUUGAUAUCUCAAACAAAGGUCCUUUCUGAAAUGGUACCUAUGAUUCAGCUAUUCAAAACCUAAUGAAGUUGGUGACUAUAUGACAAUGUGGAGAAAUCAUGACAGAAAAUGUGGUUUGUACUGGGGCUGUCAAUGCUGUAAAGGAAGUUUGGGAAAAAAGAAUAAAGAAACACAAUGAAGACCUGAAGCGAGAGAAGGAAUUUCAACACAAGCUAGUGCGGAUCUGGGAAGAACGAGUAAGCUUAACCAAGCUAAGAGAAAAGGUCACCAGGGAAGAUGGAAGAGUCAUUUUGAAAAUAGAAAAAGAGGAAUGGAAGACCCUCCCUUCUUCUCUGCUGAAACUGAAUCAACUACAGGAAUGGCAACUUCAUAGAACUGGUUUGCUGAAAAUACCUGAAUUCAUUGGAAGAUUUCAGAACCUCAUUGUGUUAGAUUUAUCUCGAAACACAAUUUCAGAGAUACCUCCAGGGAUUGGACUGCUUACUAGACUUCAGGAACUGAUUCUUAGCUACAACAAAAUCAAGAUUGUCCCCAAGGAACUAAGUAAUUGUGCCAGCUUGGAGAAACUAGAACUGGCUGUUAACAGAGAUAUAUGUGAUCUUCCACAAGAGCUUAGCAAUCUGCUAAAACUUACUCACCUUGAUCUGAGUAUGAACCAUUUUACUACAAUCCCUCUUGCUGUGGUGAAUAUGCCUGCCCUUGAGUGGCUGGACAUGGGAAGCAACAAACUUGAACAACUUCCUGAUACUAUAGAAAGAAUGCAAAACCUACAUACAUUAUGGCUGCAACGAAAUGAAAUAACAUGCUUGCCUGAAACAAUCCGCAAUAUGAAAAAUCUGGGUACUCUUGUUCUCAGCAACAAUAAACUGCAAGAUAUUCCAGUAUGCAUGGAAGAAAUGGCAAAUCUGAGGUUUGUCAACUUCAGAGACAACCCACUGAAAUUGGAAGUAUCACUUCCUCCCAGUGAAGGCACAGAUGAAGAAGAAGAACGGGAAUUAUUUGGCCUUCAGUUUAUGCACACAUACAUACAAGAGUCACAGAGAAGAGCAGAUCACCAAGUCAACGGUUCAACUAUCUUACCAAUCUCCAUAAAUAUGGAUGGAUAAUAUAAUUCAAGAUGCCCUUCUAAAGAGGAUUACUUUGGUGAAUUCUCUAAUGUUUGGAUUUCUGAAGUAAAAAGAAAAGCUAUUACCAAAGUUUAAUGAGGCCACAGCAUUUUUUAAAGUUCAUAUUAUUUGCUAUUUAAAGUAUAUAUUUUUUAAUAUAAAAAUAUAAUUAAAAAUUUUUUUUGGUGGAAGACA